CUCCGGGGGCAGGGUGAAGGGUGUUACCAUUGUGAAGCCGAUCGUGUACGGGAACGUGGCGCGGUACUUCGGGAAGAAGAGGGAGGAGGACGGACACACGCACCAGUGGACGGUGAUAUGUCUGCUUACGUGAAAAAAAUUCAAUUCAAGUUGCACGAAAGCUACGGUAAUCCUUUAAGAGUUGUUACCAAACCACCGUAUGAAAUCACUGAAACAGGCUGGGGUGAAUUUGAAAUAAUCAUUAAGAUAUUUUUCAUUGAUCCGAAUGAAAGACCUGAAGUACCAACCACAAUAUGGUAUCGCUCUCUUCCGUGACCGUUCUCAGGCCUGUUCAUGGAAGGGAAGAACCGUGGGCUGUGUGUCCUCUUCCCAGGUCAUGGUCCAAGUGGUCAGCGGUUCCUCAGGGCUGGAGAGAGGGCUUCCGUUCCUCUCCAGCUCCUGCCAUUUCCAGUGCAGUAAUGGAAGAGUAACUCCGUCAAGAAAAAUUUCAGUGAAAAGCUAUUCACAGGCCCCCCCCGGUGUUUUUCUUUCACAAGAAGGGAUGGUAACUUUGUAUCACUUGCUGAAGCUUUUUCAGUCUGAUACCAAUGCCAUCCUGGGAAAGAAAACGGUGGUUUCUGAAUUCUAUGACGAAAUGAUAUUUCAAGAUCCUACUGCAAUGAUGCAGCAGCUGUUAACGACAUCUCGUCAACUAACACUAGGUGCUUAUAAGCAUGAGACUGAGUUUGCAGAUCUUGAAGUGAAAACCAGGGAAAAGCUGGAAGCUGCCAAAAAGAAAACUAGUUUUGAAAUUGCUGAGCUUAAAGAAAGAUUAAAAGCAAGUCGCGAAACCAUCAACUGUUUAAAGAAUGAGAUCAGAAAACUUGAGGAGGAUGACCAGUCUAAAGAUAUGUGAUGAGUGUUGGCGUGAUAAAGAGCCUAUAGUGAAAAUGGAAGGACUUCAGUCAUGGAAUUGUAUUGUUCUCUUCGAUUCCGUACCUGAGAUUGUGUGAAUUUCACUUGCAAACGAUUGAAGUAUGUUGCAAUCAACUUCAUAAAUGGAAGAAAAAAGAAAGAAUGUAUCCUUGAUUUAUAGUUAAAAUCUGUGGGUACUUAACAAUGAAUUUCAAAUGGAAGGGUCUUGGAGACAGGCUACCUUUUUUUUUUUUUUUUUUUUAACUGCAUUUGAGCAGUGUAUGAAAACUUUGUAUUAAAUCUUGUAUUAGUUCAGUGUGGUUUUCCAAAAUGCUGGUGUUUACUUUUUUUUACUUGUUUUUUCUACUGAUUGUUUAGAGAUGCAUCUUUAAAGCUAAAAAUAAAAUAUGUGGGGUUUUAUUUUAA